GCGCGAGCUUCGAAAGACGCAUUCAUGUCGUCAGGCGUGCGGCCAGAAGGGCAGGGCAGCUUGUCUGGGAGCACUAGCGCAGCUAUACGAAAAGCCCUGAGGCAAGACAGAGAAGCGCUCGGAUCUCCAACGCCCAGUGCGACAUCCUCGAGCGGCAUCCACUCUCAAACUCGUGCAGCCAAUCCCUCUGCGAUCAAUUUGCUCGGGCGAAGCUACCAUCAGCACAGACCGUUCAGCGAGUCACUCUCAGCUUCUUGGACUGAGUCUGCGGGCGACAUCAGAGCAAGCUCUGCCCGCCUGGGCUCGCUCGGACUGACAGAUGGGAGUGAUGAUGAAGACGAAGUAGAUGCUGCGGGAUCAUUCGAGCAGCAUAGCCUCAAGGGCGCACAAAAGAGCUUAAAGAAUGAAGCGCAAAUGGGCAAACCCAUACCUGGACUCUCAGCUCAGAGCAAUGGUGCCAAGACAGUCGCGGGCACAAGCGUGAAUAUCCGAAGCGCACCUUCGGGUCUGUCUCUUGCGAUGCUUGCCUCUGGCUCAGCCGGUACAUCACCGACCGCGCCUACAGCUGGUCGGACGACUAGCUCGGGUCAGAGAACUCCCAUCCCACGCUCACGACAUACUUCGCCGCCGAGCCAAGAAAUCUCUGCAACUAACAUGGAAGCCGGUGUCACGAGGGAUUCGCUCUGCGCGGAGAAUGAGACGGCUGAGGAUCCGAAUUCAUCUGCCGCUGCAUGGAGUCAAGCUUCUGAGCCUGCUGCUCAGUCUGACGAGACGACGCCUUUGCUGCUCAAGAAGACGACAGAAAUUGAGCCUGCAGAGCUGCUUCAGACCAACCACUCUUGGUCCUCGCUUGCGCAAAGGAUCCACCCACUCAGACGUAUCUCCAGAGCGGGUCAUAACGCGUUGCAAGACUUUCGCAAAUUGUCACGUGAAGAUUUACUUGUGGCCGCUCGAAGACCGAUACAACUCAUCCCGGCAGUCAUACUAGGCAUACUGAUGAAUUUGCUCGACGGCGUCAGUUACGGCAUGAUCAUGUUCCGGACAGAUCUACCGCUCUUUGCAAAUUUUGGCGGUAUCGGCGUUUCGAUGUUUUUUGCCAGCUGUCUCAUCAGUCAGAUCGUGUACUCCACCAGCAGUAUCUUCAAGGCCGGUAACGGUUCGAUGAUGAUUGAGAUCGUACCUUUCCUCCAUCAGAUCUCAACGAGUAUCUACGAUAGCAUUGGCGACGGUCAAGACGCUCGCAUCAUCUCCACCACCAUGUUCGCCUAUGCCUUUUCUUCGAUUCUGACAGGCAUCGUCUUCUUCAGCCUCGGCGCGGCAAAAUUAGGCCAGCUCAUCGAAUUCUUCCCUCGCCAUAUCCUCGUUGGCUGUGUCGCGGGCAUCGGCGCAUUUCUCGUUGAAACAGGACUCACGGUCACUGCAAGGAUGCAAGGCGAGCUCGAAUUCAAUAUGGACACGUUGCGGACAUUCAUGCGCGAAGACACUUUGCCGUUAUGGACGAUCCCACUUGCAUUAGCAGUAUUGCUUCGCAUCAUCACGCAUCGGUACACGCAUCCCCUCAUUGUGCCAGCGUACUUCAUCGCCGUGCCCAUCAUCUUCUACAUUUGUGUCGCUGCACUCGGCUUGUCGAUCCCGGGCCUGCGAGAGAGCGGAUGGAUAUUUGAGCUCGACGGCGUCAAUACCCCUUGGUAUACUUUCUAUACGCUCUAUGAUUUUGGCAACUGCGACUGGGGAGCUUUAAUUGCAACGAUACCGACUCAGCUCGCACUCUGCUUCUUUGCGAUUUUACAUGUGCCCAUCAAUGUGCCUGCGCUGGCUCUAUCGAUCGGCGAAGAUGGCGUCAAGACGGACACUGAGCUCGUCAACCAUGGCGUCUCAAAUGUUCUUGCGGGCUUGCUGGGUACAAUCCCUAAUUAUCUCUGCUAUGUCAAUAGUGUCCUUUUCUAUCGCAUUGGAGGCGAUACCCGAUUGGCGGGCUUUAUGCUGGCCAUCGCGACAGCUGCUGUCAUGCUCGCGGGGCCAGGCAUCAUCGGUUACCUGCCUGUCAUGGUCGUCGGCGCCCUCAUUCAUUUGCUUGGCAUCGACCUUCUCAAGGAAGGCAUUUGGGAUACUUGGGGUCGUGUCUCUCCAGCCGAAUAUGCGACAAUCUGGAUCAUCAUCAUCGCCAUGACAGUCUGGGACUUUGUCGUUGGUAUCGGCGUUGGCAUCGUUGUUGCUUGCGCGCACUUUGUCGUCACUUCAAGCCAACGACGUGCCAUCCGAAGCAUCAUCAGUGGCGAGACUGCAAAAUCGACUGUGCGGCGGCCACCUUCACAGAGCGCUUUCCUGCGAGAAGUAGGAUCUCAGACUCGCGUCAUCAGACUGCAAGGCUUUCUCUUCUUCGGAACUACCUCAGCUUGCGAAACAGCGAUCCGCGAGAUACUCGAUGUUGCCGCGUGGUCGAAGAGUCCAAUACGGUUCCUCGUGCUCGACUUUACGCUCGCUUCGGGGGUCGACUUCAGUGCCGCCGAAGCCUUCCUGCGCGUUCAGCGGCUUUGCGAGACCAAAAGCGUCGGUCUCGUCUUGUGCGGAUGCCCGCCGGAGUCGCCCAUCGGUCGAGCACUUCGCGGCGUCGACCUCUGGGCAGGCCAUGGCGAGACUUCACUCAAAGUCUUUGAGUCUCUCAACGAUUCUCUCGAGCAUUGCGAGAAUUCCCAACUUAGGAGCCUCUAUUCGCGCGAUCUGCAUCCUCCCAAAGUAGCAGACGGAUCUGCCAUCAGCAUAUGCAAGUUUUUCUGCCCUCAGCAAAUCAAUUCAGCUUACAGGUCUGAUGACGAACCAGCUGCGCCGCUGAACGAUCCUGCGUUGAGCAAUCCAUCUGCAUUCGAGUUCUCGCCGAGAAGGCGUCACCUUGCUUCUGCAGCAGGCAAUACGCUCAUGCGUGCCGAAACGCCCAAGGAAAAGACCCACUUUGGUCAGCCGAUGCUCAUCUUUCGGCAAGCUUUCCGACCAUUUGCGACCAAGGAAGAACCGAUCACGGACGAAUUUCUCUUUAAGCUUGUGCCGCAUUUUCAUCGCGUGCAUGUGCCAGAAGGAACGAUCCUUUGGCGUGCAGGCGAUCCCGCAGACGGGUUCUUCUUGAUCGAGAGUGGCAUGCUUCGAGCAGAAUACGAUUAUGCACCGUUGGCCGCAAUGGAUCGCCACGGACACAUGACAGAAUCGAUGUUGCCCGGCACAGUCGCAGGCGAGCUCACAUUCCUCAGCGGCUCAAAACGCAACACGACGGUGACAGCAGAACGGGAUGCUGUUCUCUGGCGGAUGGAUAGUGCCGCGAGCGAGGCACUCGAAGAAGACGGCAGUGCGGGCAUUGCCGCAAGUCGGUUACUCUGGAAGGUCCUUCUGCGUAUCUCGAAAGAGGAGCAAGAGGUUCUCAUGGGUCAUCUCAUCACGUCUCUGUGACCUAGAUUGUACCAAAGCUGCAUUCGUGCUUGU